AUGGGGUCUGCAUGGACGCAGAGCUUCAGAGAGGAGCUUAGCGUGGGGAAGGUGAAGUUCUCUUUAAGCCAACCUGAACUACUUCUGCAGCCACAGUGGAGCAUCUCUCCAUUGGCCUGGUUGCUGUACAGGCUCUUCAUGCUGCUCUACACGUUCAUAUGGUGUUUGUACUCUGCUCUACUGUUCUCCUCACCCAAAUGGCUCCUGUUCCUCAGCCACAUCGUCUACUGCAGUAUGGCAAUGUAUUACCUCCUGGCUCUCUGUAAUCUGGUCUGGGCUGCGAUCCAGGUUAGGAAUUUCUACAGGAAUGCUGCUGCAAACCAAAACGAGGGCAGCAGAGUCAGAGGAGGAUCUGUGGGACCGUUUCCUCUCCCACCUCUGCUCUCGGCUGCUUUGCGGCUCCAGUGGUGUCUCCAUAACCUGGUGAGCAGCUUCUCUGUCACGGUGACCCUCCUGUACUGGAUGCUGGUCUACCCCAUUGAGAAGCACCCUCUGUCCACUUUUAACAUCAACAUGCAUGUGGGUAACUCCGUCCAAGCCCUGCUGGACCUCGUUCUUUCCUCCACGCCCAUCCACCUGGCCCACUAUGUCCACCUCUUCCUGGCAGCCUGCCUAUACAUCCUCUUCCUUCUGCUCUACUGGCUUUCUGGAGGCACCAGCCUCAGCAGGAAACCAUACAUCUAUAAGGUGCUGGAUUUUGGGAGGUGGCCUCUAGUGGCAGCUUUCAGCGUGAUUGGGUUCAUCUGCAUUGGCCUGCCACUUGGCCACUUUCUGCUGCUGGUGCCCCUGAAAGUCUAA